AUGGCUCAGAACAUGCCCACCGACCCGACUCGCCUCGGCCCCGAGGGCACCGUCGCCCCGACGCCUCAGAACACGCCUGCGGUCCACACCCUCACCGGCAGCAUGAUCUCGCGCCCGCAGAUCCCGCCCACGCUCGGCGAGGAGGACGAGGGUACCGAGACCAUCGGCUCGCGCGACGCCCAGGGCCUCGGUGCGCUCGCCAACAACCCGGCAUUCGCCCAGCUCGUCCAGGGCCGCCUGUCGGGCCUCAUCGGCCGCUCGUCGGGUUACGUCGAGUCGCUCCCGACCGCGGUUCAGUACCGCCUCACGGCGCUCAAGGGCGUCCAGCGCGACCACGCCGUCCUCGAGGCCGAGUUCCAGAAGGAAAUCUUUGAACUUGAGAAGCGGUUCGCGGACCGCUACAAGCCCCUGUACGACCGCCGUCGCGCCAUCAUCGAGGGCUCGGCCGAGCCCAUGGACGACGAGGUCAAGAAGGGCGUCGAGGCCGAGGAGGAGGAGGGCGAGUCGGACUUUGAAGACGAGGACGACGACGAGGCGGCGGCUGACAAGCCCGCGCGUGGCGUCAAGCCGACCGACGCCGAGCUCGCCGAGGCGCCCAAGGGCGUCCCGGAAUUCUGGCUCACCGCCCUGAAGAACCACCUCGGCCUGUCGGAGCUCAUCACCGAGCGCGACGAGGAGGCCCUCAAGCACCUCGUCGACGUCCGCGUCGCGUACCCGGCCGACAAGAGCGGCUUCACCCUCGUCUUCGAGUUCUCGGCCGGCGCGCAAGAGUUCUUCGCCAACACGACGCUCGAGAAGACGUACCUGUACCAGGACGAGGUCGGGUACGAGGGCGACUUUGUCUACGACCACGCCGAGGGCACCAAGAUCGAGUGGAAGGAGGGCAAGGACCUCACGACCCGCAUCGAGACCAAGAAGCAGCGCAACAAGAACACCAACCAGACCCGCAUCGUCAAGAAGGUGGUCCCGACCGACUCGUUCUUCUCGUUCUUCUCGCCGCCGGCGCCGCCCUCGGCCGACGACGACGACGACGCCUCGAUCGCGAGCGACCUCGACGAGAAGCUCGAGCUCGACUACCAGAUCGGCGAGGACCUCAAGGAGCGUGUCAUCCCGAGGGCAAUCGACUACUUCACUGGUCGUGCGCUGUUGCACGAGCGCGGCGCGUUCGACGGCGACGAGUCGGACGACUACGACGACGAGUUUGACGAGGAGGAUGAGGACGACAGCGGCGGCGGCGCGUCGAGCCGAGCGCUCGUCGUCAUCGCCUCGCCCCUCGACCCUUCUCGAUCUUCCUUCCACACCAACCAGACCCGCAUCGUCAAGAAGGUGGUCCCGACCGACUCGUUCUUCUCGUUCUUCUCGCCGCCGGCGCCGCCCUCGGCCGACGACGACGACGACGCCUCGAUCGCGAGCGACCUCGACGAGAAGCUCGAGCUCGACUACCAGAUCGGCGAGGACCUCAAGGAGCGUGUCAUCCCGAGGGCAAUCGACUACUUCACUGGUCUCGGACGACUACGACGACGAGUUUGA